AUGGAGUCAUUGGCAGCAGCUGACUUCUGCUUCCCUCCCCUCAACACCUCCUGCAGGUCAAUAUCUGUUACUCCUCAGGCUGUGCUCAUCAAAACAUUGCUGUGCUGCAUCACUCUGCUCACCGUGAUGCUCAACUUGUUGGUCAUCAUCUCCAUCUCCCACUUCAGGCAGCUCCACACCCCCACCAACCUCAUCCUCCUCUCCCUGGCUGUGUCUGACUUGCUCGUGGGCCUCGCAGUGAUGCCGGUUGUAAUCGUCUCGAUGCAGACCUGUGGGUUUAUGGGUAAAAUCACGUGUGCCUCUUUCCACCUGUUGAGCUUCAUCCUCACCUCUGCCUCCGUAGGGAACAUGGUGCUCAUAGCUGUGGACCGCUACGUGGCCAUUUGUGAUCCUCUGCGCUAUUCUUCCAUGAUAACACCAAGCAGAGUUCAAAUCUGUGUGUCUCUGAGUUGGUUCUGCUCUGUCGUCUACAACUUCAUAAUACUGAAAGAUCACUUGUCACAAAUAGAUUUUUCUAAUUCCUGCCAUCAGGAAUGUGUAGUUGUCGUGAACUACAUUUCAGGGGCAGUAGACUUGCUCCUGACCUUUUUUGGCCCCGUCACUGUUAUCAUAGUUCUGUAUUUGAGAGUAUUUGUGGUGGCGGUGUCACAGGCACGGGCCAUGCGCUCUCAAAUUGCAGCUGUCAAAUCAAAAGUGACUGUUAAGAAAUCUGAGAUGAAGGCCUCUGUAACUCUUGGUAUUACCCUUUUUGUGUUUAUAUUUUGUCUCUGUCCGUACUACAUCCCUUCUCUAGUAGGACAGGACUCCUCAAGCAGUAGUGCAUCAGCUCAGCUUCAGCUGUUCUUUUGUAACUCCACUUUUAAUCCUCUCAUCUACGCCUUUUUCUUCCCCUGGUUUAGGAAAACGGUUAAAGUCAUUGUCAGCCUUCAGGUGCUGCAGCCUGGUUCCCGUGAGGCCAAGAUCAUGUAGAGAGAAAUAAUACACUGUAUACAAACCGACUUAUUUUAUGAAAGUUAAUUGAUGAUGACGUAAAUUUGAAAACAGGGAAAGUACAAUGUUGUGACAUAUAAAUGUAUUUACUUCAGUAGGACAGCAAAAAGAAACAUAUGUGGGCGUUUCUGCAACUAUGGGCAUUUUAAGUACCAGCAAUGACAUUCGUAUGUUAAAAUUUGCCGUGCAAUGCUUGAUAAAUAUAUAUGGUGCUAUUACCCACUGACA